AUGUCACUUUGGAAUUUUAUGGGAAAAUCUAUACUUAAAGAUGAUGAGCAAUUAAUAAAUUUAAACACGGAAAAUAUAUCCUCAAAAUUAAAGAAUGAAGCAGAAGAAUUGCUAAAAAUUGAAGAGUCCUCGUUAACUAGUGAAGAAAUGGAUAAUUUGCUUUUCAAUAUUUUCUUCUCUGCAAUAAAAUAUCAAUUAACACCGGCAAGUAAAUUUCCAUUUGAUGCUGGCCAAUUUUAUGCAAAUUAUAUAAUUAAAAAUAUACCGGUUGGGAAAAAAUUGGAAAUUAAAAAGACGAGUUAUAAAAAAUUUACAACAUUUUUAGAAGAAAUUAAUAAUAAUGAAAAUGGAUGGGUAGUUAAAGUUAAAACAAUCAAAAGUAUUAAUUUUAUUGAAAAUAUAAAUUUUGAUCACCCAUAUGUCCAAAAUGCUUUGCCUUUUGAUGAAGAUUUUUCAAAUUCUGAUUUAAAACAUUUACCGUCCCAAACAUCAAUAAAUAUUUAUGAACAAAUGUUUUCAUUAACAGAACAAGUUAUGCCUAUUUUUAGAAAUAGAGGACAUCGAAGAGGUGAUUUGGUUAAUGUUCAAGAAAUUCGUUCAAUUCUUUUAGAAUAUGCAAAAGAGAAGAAUUUAAUUUUAAAUGAUGGAAAAGACAUCACUUUGGACGAUGAUACACUCCAAAUGGUUGUAAAAUAUUUCUUGCCCGAAACAUUUCCAGUAAAAACACUUAUACAAAAACUAUGUGAAGCUAUGACAAAGGCUGUACUUGUAAAAACAGCAGGAGGAAGAGAAUUAAUUUAUAGAGGAAAAGUGCCUAAUAUUGAAUUUAAGGCAUUAUAG